AUGACGUGAACGCAGCAUCAGAUGACGAGAGGGUCAUCAGCUGCAGACAGUCAGGUGUGGUCGGCGGGGAGACAUUCCGGGGAUCCAGCGGAACCACCGGGACAAAAACAACGUCCACCGCGUGUCUGUCAACACGACCCAGGGACAGAGCACACAUAAAUGAGAAAACACCUUUUUAAACCUGGACUAAAGAAGCGACACACGUUUACUGAAACAGGGAACGGUUGACUUUCCACCCGACCGCCAGAGGAACUGAGGUAAAUUAAGGGAUCAGCUUAAAGGAACCUCAGCAGAUGUAACCACGACUGAGCUGCAGCAAAAAAGAGGAACGUCUCAGUUUCACACUUGUUUUUUGGAUGGAGUUAAUGAGUGGGCGGUGGAGGAGUUCAGAGCAAUAACUGGAUUUAUGAUCAGUCGUCCAGUCACCCUUGCAUUUGGCUGUCAGAGCAGGAACCACAAAAUGCCAAAUCCCCCCAUCAUGGAGCCUCACAUGUGGCUUUAGGGUUUAAAUGCAUAGAGCUCUGAAGACGCUGCAUUAAAUGUGGAACUGCAUCCACUGGAGAAGAGGAGGGAGCGUCUACGCUGCACUGACACAGCUGUGAAUGUAAAAAGAAAAUCAGUGAGUGUGUAAAAAUCGCCGAGUCGUCACAAGUUGGAAAUCCCCUGCUGGAGUGUCAUUGGGUGGAACUGGAACUAAGCUGGAACCACGCGGCCGCUCAGCCGUGCAGCAUGAGUCACACAAAUCUCCAGAAACGCUUCGUUCCACUGAGUCCAAACGCAAUGUGAACUUCUGAACUGAAACUCUCAAAGUGCAGAUAUUGAACUGGAAUGUCCGCUCAUCGGCACGGGAGUGAUUUCUGGACUCUGAGCUCGUAGCAUCGGGAGGAACAGAAACAGAAACAGUGGAGAUCAGGAAUAUCAGCUCCUCAUAUGAAACUGAGUUUACUUGGAAAUACAGUCAGAGGCCUUCCAGAUGGCGGGGAAGGACUACAAUCAUCUCUUCAAACUGCUCAUCAUUGGAGACUCCAAUGUGGGGAAGAGCAGCCUUCUGCUCCGCUUUGCAGACAACUCCUUCUCUGGCAGCUACAUCACCACCAUCGGGGUGGACUUUAAGAUCCGGACCGUAGACAUCGAUGGAGAACGGGUUAAGCUGCAGAUCUGGGACACGGCGGGGCAGGAGAGAUUCAGAACCAUCACAUCAACGUACUACAGAAACACCCACGGGGUCAUCAUCGUCUACGACGUGACGAACCCAGAGUCGUUUGUAAACGUGAAGAGGUGGUUGAAUGAAAUCUCCCAGAACUGUGACAACGUCUGCAAGAUCCUGGUGGGGAACAAGAGCGACGACCCGGCCCGGCGGCAGGUGGAGACCCAGGAUGCAGUGCGUUUUGGGGAGUCGAUGGGCGUUCGAGUGUUCGAGACGAGCGCCAAAGAGAACAUCAACGUAGAAGAGAUGUUCAUGGCCUUCACCCACAUGGUGCUGCGGGCCAAGAAGCAGAGCCAGAACCGAGCGGAGAGGGAGCGAGAGCACGAGAAGGACACGGUCAACAUCAACGCCCAGCGAGACCGAGACCGCAGGAAGAGAGGGAAGAAGUGCUGCUGAGCCCCGAACGGACUUCACGCUCAUCGCUCGGGAAGACGUGCCUUAGGAGGAACAUGCUCGCUGUGAGGAUGUGACGCAGAUUACCACCCGGCGGAGGGGUUCACGCUCCGUCAGCACUGACUGCAGCAGGAGCUCACAUGAGUUAAAGGAUCAUUCUGGUGGCCCAUUUACUACCCAUCACAUCUCAGACCGCGGAGCGUAGCCCUCCGCCGAGGUCGGUUCUAUAAGAGAAAUGUAACGCGUGCGACCGCCCCGCCCUUCCACUAAGUUAGAUGACACUCAGGCCAGUAGCUUCUACGUAAUCCUGCGAAGGAAACUUCCUCUGUAGCGUGUUUAUCUGCGAAGGAGCACACACACCUGACUAUAAUGAUUCGUGUUUGUUACAGGACUCUUCGUCUGGAAGGUUUCUCAGGUGUUCACGUACCACCAGGUAACCACGACGUAGUUCUCAGGUGUUCACGUACCACCAGGUAACCACGACGUGGUUCUCAGGUGUUCACGUACCACCAGGUAACCACGACGUGGUUCUCAGGUGUUCACGUACCACCAGGUAACCACGACGUGGUUCUCAGGUGUUCACGUACCACCAGGUAACCACGACGUGGUUCUCAGGUGUUCACGUACCACCAGGUAACCACGACGUGGUUCUCAGGUGUUCACGUACCACCAGGUAACCACGACGUGGUUCUCAGGUGUUCACGUACCACCAGGUAACCACGACGUGGUUCUCAGGUGUUCACGUACCACCAGGUAACCACGACGUGGUUCUCAGGUGUUCACGUACCACCAGGUAACCACGACGUGGUUCUCAGGUGUUCACGUACCACCAGGUAACCACGACGUGGUUCUCAGGUGUUCACGUACCACCAGGUAACCACGACGUGGUUCUCAGGUGUUCACGUACCACCAGGUAACCACGACGUAACCACGUGGCGGCCGAUCUUUCCUGCUGACAUUAAAUCAAACUUUCCAAAUGUUAAAUAGUUUUGAACCGAUGAACUCUCGUGAUUCCUCCCUGAAGCGGCGUCGGAGCCGCAUCAUUUGUUCCGUUAGCGGUGUGUUCGCUGAACGUCAGUCAUGUUAAACUUCAGUUCCUGCGAGAUGAUUGUUUCCUGAACGUUGUCUGAGACGUGACGCUGGUGAAUGAGCUGCAUCUCUGGUCCUUUAACUUUGCACUCGUGAACCACUGAUGUGCCAAUGUUUCAGAUUAGUCUUAACACAGUGAACGUAUCUCACCACUGAAAGGGAAGCAGUCGUUACUAACUGUCACUAACGGGUGUGAGGUGUGUGUGUGAGGCGUGUGUGAGGCCAGUAACCACAGGAAGUGUAACCUCGACAGCCCAACAAGUAAAUUAGUUUGUUUUAUAAUAUAAAGAUGUUGCCUAGCAAAUGUGUCCAAAUCCAAAUAAAGCAAUAAAUCCAGA